UUAGUUCCUUAUUAAAACUUGUGAACUCAACAAUAUCUUAGAAAAUGUGCUAACUUUUAACGCACAACAUUAGCUAAUCCCUCAUGAAGUGGAUAUGGCUAGCAAACAUGUUAGCUAACAUUGCCUAUUUGCAUAUCCAGGAGAGAAACAAGACUAAACCACUGAAGUCGUGUUUCUGGUCACUUCAUGCGUGGCACUGGUAGCAGGACUCUCUUUGAUGACAUCACAAACGUUGAUUGGCUGAGGCAGUUGUUGUCCCAGGGCUGUCAUACAACAUGUUCUCAGGACAACGACCACUUGGCAAAAUCAGGACAUGCAACCCCAUCCAUGGGGUACCUUGUAACAUUUCACCUCCACCACUUUUCAACGCAAUUGUGGGAGAAUGACACACCUCCCACCUGCUCUCUCCCUUUUCUAUCUCUCUCUCCCUCCCUCCCUCACUUCCCUCACACUUUUCACUCAGCUACCCAAGAUGGCGGCAGCCUCAUCCAUCCAGCCGCCGAGCGUUCACUCUUCUCUAGCCGGGGAGAGCGCACUUUCCAGCCCCGAGAGCCGGCAGCCGGAGGAUGAGGAGCCGGUGGCGGCGCAGCCCUCCGACUCGGAGAUUUGCCUCCGCGACCUGCCGGACCUGGAGCCGGAGGAGAUCGAGAGGAGGCUGGCCAAAACUCGCCAGGAGCUGAGCAACAGGAGGAAGAUCCUCAUUAAGAACCUGCCGCCUGACACCACCAACCAGGAAGUCCAUGAGAUUCUGAAAGAAUAUGAACUGAAGUACUGCUUUGUGGACCGCAACAAAGGCACAGCCUUUGUGACUUUGCUGAACGGGGACCAGGCUCAGGAUGCCAUCCGCUCCCUCCAUCACAGCACUGUCCGGGGACGCUUGAUCAACGUCACGCUGCAGCCCACGGACUCCCUGCUCUGCCUCACCAACCUGCCCCACACCUUCACUGCCCAGCAGUUUGAGGAGCUGGUACGCGCCUAUGGGAACAUCGAGCGCUCCUUCCUGGUGUACAGCGAGCUGACGGGCCACUCCAAAGGAUAUGGCUUUGUUGAAUACAUGAAGAAGGAUUCUGCUUCACGGGCCCGUUCUGAGCUGCUGGGCCGACCGCUGGACGAUCGCUCAUUGAUGGUGCAGUGGAUGGAUGUCAACCAGCUGAGCCAAGAGGAGAACCUGCACUCCAAGUGUCUGUGUAUAAACCGGCUGCCGCUGGACCUGUGUGACUCUGAAGAACUGACCCAGCUCUUCUCCGAAACCUACAAACCCGUCUUCUGCCAGCUCGCUCAGGAUGAGGGCAGCCCAGUGCGAGGCUUUGGCGUGGUGGAGUAUGAGAGCGCGGAGCAGGCGGAGGCUGUGCUGAUAGAGAUGGAUCGAACACUGGUGGGAGGACAAGAGGUCCGUCUCUCACUCUGUACCCCCGGCACCUCAGGGAGAAGCACCCUGGCUGCACUCAUCGCCGCCCAGGGUAUGAUUCUGAGUAAUAGGAAAGGUCUGCUACCAGAGCCCAACAUAGCCCAGCUGUUGACCAGUAUGACCAACCCUGCUGCCCUGCAGAUCCUCAUGAGGCCAUACCACACUGGGAAAAGAGGCGGGAAGUACGGGCGUCACGCCAGCCUGCCGUUCCUCAGACCUCCUCUCACCACGGCUCUGCUCACACUGGGAAAAGCACACCAGAGCGCCAUGCUUGGGAACGGACUGGUCCUCCAGAACCUCCUGCAUAUGCAGCUCGCACAGCAACAGCUUCUUCACAUCAAAGACAAACGCAUCAGCAGCGUCUCCAGUCUGCUCGGGGACCCGUCCAGGCUGCUGAUGCAGAAAGCUUUGUCUUUGCGGCCUCCAGGCCUUGUGCCGUUGGGGAAAGGCCUCCUGGGAGACUCCCCUACAGAGUUGGGCCAGGAGUCAGUGCCACCGUCUACCCACAAUUCCACAGUAGUGGUGUCGGCGGCAGGUGUGAUGCCAUACCUCCAGGGUCGAGCUGGAGGGGGAGAACAAAACAGCAGCCAUUCUAUCUCCACAAACCCUUCUGCUUCCUCCUCUUCUUCUUCCUCCUCCACCUCCUGUGACAGGCAGCCAGCUCCUCCUGGGACCAUGGUGAGCUCCCAUCCGCAGGGACAGAGCUACUCCUUGGGUAUAAGUAACUCAGGCCUCGGCCCGCCUCCACCUAAACCCCCUGGAGGAGUUUAUACAUCAGCAGGCCAGCACAACAGCUCUGAUGGCUGCCCCCUGGCUGGCAUGGUAACUGGUGGUCAGGGCUCUCUGUUGGGCGACCCUCCUAAAGAAGUCAGACUGCCUUCCAAUCCUUACCUGAACCUGGCCAGUGUGAUGCCAGGGGUGGUUCUGCAAGGGUCAGUGGGGAGUAAAGCCCAGGGAGGACAGCCCGGCCCCGGGGUGUAUGGCAGCACGGUCGCUCCUGUCGUCUCCCAGGGCUCCGCCUCCUUCUCCCACAGCGCGGCAGCUACAACAACAGCCCCGUACAGCACUGAUAACUCCACUGACUACAACCAGUACAACCAGGCCUACACACAGGAGGCCAUGCAGCAGUGGUACCAGCACUACCAAGCACAAGCUCACACCUAUAGCACCGCUGCUCCACAGGACAGCACGGCCACAGACUACAGCAAGGAGCACACACAGGCUCCACCAGUGUCGACCUACGGGGAUUAUAGUUCCUACAUGCAGGCGGUCACUCAGUACUACUCUCAACCUGCAACAGCCAACCAGGCCUACGCCAGCAAGGAGGUAGAUGUGUGUAAGCCUCUCGGAGUCUCUCUGCACGCAGUCAGUAACGGUGCCGCCCCUCCACCGGCCGUCCUGCCAGCUGCUGCCGUGCUCCCAGCCUACAGCACCCUGCCUUUAAUGCCCGGCUUCCUUGGGGCGCCACACCCGGCGGCAGCCACGCCAAGCCCUGUCACGCACACACACACUGCCGCCACUGACUGGAACACCUACUAUUAUAACCAGACGCGGGGCCAUAAGAGGGAGUACCCUCAGCUGGCGGUGCAGGACGUGGCAUCAUCAGAUGGCGCCUACAUCGGGCAGCACUCCCAAGGCCUUGGAGGGCAGUAUGCUGACUACUUUAAGAGGAAGAGGCUCUAGUAUGAACCAAACCACCUUAAAGCCUAAAGCUUAUGGAGGGAGGCGCACACACACACAGCGUCUGCUGGAUGUCACAGCUCCCUCUAGUGGCCUUUCUGUGGCUGCCAUUUUGCAUCCCUACAGUAGGUAUUGAGUUUAAUAGAAUCUGGGGUUGCAAAUGGCUCAAGUGAAAGCAAGCCAUAGUGCUCUUUGAUCCUGGCACUUAUACACACACAUACACACACAUAGACACAAACACGGUGUUGCUUUUGUCCUGUUCAAGCCUUAAACUCUUUAACUUAAACUGUUGUUUCUCAGUCAGUGUGUCAACUGUACUCAACUAAUAUUCUCUUGUACAUUUUUUCUAAUAUAAUGUAAACUAAAGUAUACUGUAUCUGUACGUAUAAGCUGCUUUUGUAUCUGCAGCCAGGCGACCUGUCUGUCUGCCUGCUGAAACUGUCUUAGGACUGGUCCUACAGUCAAGGUGUCUCCCUCUCUGUCUCUUCUCAGACUCACGCUUUGAUUAGUCAGUCGAACUGACAUCUGUUUGUUCGCGCUUCAGUGUCUUUUCUCUUUUCCUUGUAUUGCCCAGGUUUCCUCUUUUAUAUCUCCCCCCUGCGGAGAAUUAGAGUGUGUGUGUGUGUGUGUGUGUGUGUGUGUGUGUAUGCGUGUGCGUAUGUGUGUGAGUGUUUAUGCGUGUUGAUGUGCUGUUUCUGUAGGAAGUGUCAGCCAUUUCAAUCCCAAAGGUUUGGGAGUACAUCAGGAAAAAAAGGGCCUGAACCAAUCAAAGCCCUUAAUCGUGGUGACUUUUACAAUAGCUUCCCUCAAUGAAUGGACCUUUCUUUCUAAAGACUGGACAGAAAAUAAAAGCCUGGUGUAAAUACGGUGUGUAAUACAGAAUAUAUAAAGCCAUGCGUAACAGACAAUAUCACGUUUAACAGUUUCCCAGCUCUCUUGUGAGCGUAUUGUACUACAUGAGUGAAAGGAAAACAUUUACUGCGUGUCUGAUUUUGUUUUGUUUUUUUAAAUCUAUACUGUUAUAUAUUUGUAAUAUAAUAUAAUAAUAUUCCAAGGCAAUUUAUUAAUAUUGAAUCAAGUUGUGUUGACUUAAAUGUAGUUAUCUGGUUUGGUUUUUAACAUUUAAACCAAAUAUUAAGGCACAGUCCUUUCUCUACUCUCUUCUAUCUGUCGUGACGCAUUAGGGUGUUUUCGGGAAGAUCUGUUGGGACUCAACAGCCGCUUAAUGUCCACUUCCAGCUGCCAUUAGAACGUGAAGGAUUCAGACUGUGAGCGUGUCUCGAAUCCAUACUACAUACCGACUCAAAGCACGUUUUGAAACACCUUAAAAGGACAGAAGUUACUGCUAAUCACUCAGCACGUGUAUCAAAAACUUUGAUUUUUUUUUUUUUUUUUUUUUAGUGUGCUGUCAAUGGACACAACUUUCCCACAAUGCAAUACACAAAGGAAAUAGAGGAGCUGCUCCAAGAUGGGAAAAAAAUUAAAACUAAUGGUUGAUGGUGGUGAAUCAGCUCCAGAAAUAAACCACAAAACUUAAUAAUUUUGGAAAAAUUGGCAGUGAUAUUCCAGUGUUGAUUGCAUUUUCAUGAUGCACAUAUUGCAUCAUUUCCUGUUUCUAUAAAAUGGAAAAGUAUGUUUUUUUAUUGUCUUUUGACUGGGUAUACUAUAAAGAUUAGUAUAUGUACAGUUGGUAUGUAAUAUGAGAUUUGGACACAGUCUUAUGAUGGACGUUUAGCAUUUUCUUAUUUUGUGCUCAUCACAUGCUUCUGUGCAUGUGUUUUUUUUUUU